AUGUCUCCAACAACAAGCUCGCCGCCUGCCGCCACUGGCUCAGAUGAUGGCUCUAAUGAUGGAGGAUCAGGCCCCACUAGUUCACCCCUCUUAUUCUUUGUGGCCCUCGGUUUCGGAGUUGUAUUCACAAACCUAUGGAUCAUUGUCGGCGUCAAGUAUUGCUUCAGAUAUAACCAGCGGAACCGGCAGUUGAGAGGCGAAGAGACAGGGGAUCCCAUAGACUUGGUCGCAAUGCCGCGAACCCACCGAAGAAGGAGAGAGAAAAAGCUAAUGACUAUGGAGGAGGUUAAUGAGCGAUUCCCGCUGACCAAAUACAAGGUCUGGAGAUCUUCUCGAGCAAACGCAGGGCUGUCAACCUCUGGUGGUAUAUCUGCCCCCGAUGUCGGCGCAUGUCCAGAAGCACAAGGCGACGGAACAUCCGUCGCAGUGGGCGGUACAUCAUCUCUAAUUACCUCCGACGUCAAAUCUCAUCACCGAGUCGAAUCUGCCUCCUCACAGCCAUCAAAACCUAUUGAAUCCGUCGAAGUAAACCCACAACCUGAAGAAAAGACCCUUCAAGAAUUCGCACACGCAAGCCAUACCUUGUCCAAAGCAAGCUCGGAUCGGAAUGAUAGAGAAUCGGGGCAUCUGGAAGACCAUAACUCGUUGCAAGAGGAUGAGAAUAUCCUACCUUCCGCUGUUUCAAUCGAUCUUGCUGCGAAUCCUGGAGACUCUUGCGCAAUCUGUCUUGACAUAAUUGAAGAUGAAGACGAUAUACGUGGCCUUGCUUGUGGACACGCCUUUCACGCCUCAUGCGUUGACCCUUGGCUAACUAGCAGGAGGGCUUCAUGUCCCCUAUGUAAGGCGGAUUACUACACACCUAAACCUCGUCCCGACGGUGCAGAACCAAGGCAAACCCAUGAACGUGCUGGUCGCCACACGACGACUCGAUUGGCUGGCCCAAUUCAACCGCAAGCUGUUUUCAUAAGAGGUCGAGUCAAUCCUUUUCGCUCAGCCUUGAUACUCUCAGACCGUCCCACACAACGGGUCCCGGAUGCCGCCACACCCAAUCCGUCCUGGCUGACGGGUCGUGGUUUCUGGAGAGCGCGAGGCCAUAUUGAAAGGGACGACGGGGAACGUCCAGAACCCAAUCGGCCUGACUAUGAUGAUCACGGAUCGAGGCCAUCGCCCUCGAGACUGUUCCGCUUUCCCAUGCCCUUCUGGAAUCGAGAUCGAAGUCGUAGAAUGGGUGUCGAAGACUCACGCUCACAAAAUGUGUCAACUCCUAGUCAGCUCGAGGCCGGGAGAACUCACUGA